CUGGAUGUCCAUGAAAGGCAGAGGAUCCAAAUACCAGAAAAGAGUGUCGUUUUCUGAGGAUGAAGAUGAGCAGUGCUGGAAAGAGGAGAACGGCGGUGUGGACGCACAUCACCUGAAAUCCGUCAAGACGGUCAGGGAUUCAUCGGGAUAUUACCGGUACAACAUGAAAUCUUCGGAUAGUUUCCCCCAUCGCAGGAUGACCCUACCGCGAGAAAAGGGCCGACGACAGGCGGUUCGCGGACCAGCGUUCAUGUUCAACGCCCGUGGCAGCAGCCUCACGCUGGAGGAAGAACGCUUUCUGGACGCGGCGGAGUACGGUAACAUCCCGGUGGUCCGGAAGAUGCUGGAAGAAUCACCCACGCUCAACGUGAACUGUGUCGACUACAUGGGACAGAACGGGCUACAGCUGGCCGUCGGCAACGAACACCUGGAGGUCACCGAGCUGCUCCUGCGGCGAGACAACCUGGCCCGUGUCGGUGAUGCACUCCUGCUGGCGAUUUCUAAAGGUUACGUGCGUAUCGUGGAAGCCCUGCUGGGACAUCCUUCCUUUGCGGGCGGCGAACGACUCACCCGCAGCCCCUGCGAGCUGCAAGACGACGACUUCUACUCCUACGACGAGGACGGCACACGGUUCUCGCCCGAUAUCACGCCUAUCAUCCUGGCUGCCCACUGCCAGAAAUACGAGGUCGUGCAUAUGCUACUGAUGAAGGGCGCCAGGAUCGAGCAGCCGCAUGACUACUUCUGCAAAUGCGCGGACUGCACGGAAAAGCAGAGGAAGGACUCGUUCAGUCACUCGCGCUCCAGGAUAAAUGCAUACCGCGGAUUGGCCAGUCCGGCAUAUCUCUCUCUGUCCAGCGAAGACCCGGUACUGAACGCGCUGGAACUGAGCAAUGAGCUCACCAAACUCGCCAACAUCGAGAAAGAGUUUAAGGAUAAAAAGAACCGUAAUAAAGAGACAUCGCAGCACAAUGGCUUCUUUCUGCUCUUAUGUCAAGGCUGGCCUGUCUGCUUGUCUGUCUGGACAAUCGAAUCGCUAAAUCAUUAUCAGUUCUUGCAGCAGCAGCAUAACCAGUUUUCUAAUGAUAAUGACUACAGGAAGUUGUCUAUGCAGUGUAAAGACUUUGUGGUUGGCGUUUUGGAUCUGUGCAGGGACACGGAGGAGGUGGUGGCCAUCUUGAAUGGAGAUAUAUCCGCUGAACUCGAGGAAGGCCAGCAUCAUCGCUGCCUGCUCAGUCGAGUCAAACUGGCCAUUAAAUACGAGGUUAAGAAGUUUGUGGCUCAUCCGAACUGUCAGCAGCAGUUGUUGACGAUCUGGUAUGAGAAUCUGUCUGGUCUUCAGGAGCAAACCAUUGCAGUGAAAUGUCUGGUGGUUUUGGUGGUGGCACUGGGACUCCCUCUGCUAGCUGUGGGGGUUGAGGAGAGUUUUAAAACUCUCUUUUGGUCCAUAUUCGGGCUGUCUGAGGUGUCUUCUGUGGUGUUGAAAUACGAUCAUAAAUUUAUCGAGAACAUUGGCUAUGUGCUGUACGGGAUCUACAAUGUUACCAUGGUGGUGGUUCUGCUCAACAUGCUUAUUGCCAUGAUAAACAGCUCAUACCAGGAAAUAGAGGAUGAUGCAGAUGUGGAGUGGAAGUUCGCUCGGUCUAAACUCUGGCUCUCGUAUUUUGACAAUGGCAAGACUCUCCCGCCUCCAUUCAGCAUCGUCCCCAGCCCGAAGUCCUUCUAUCUGUGUAUCAAGAGACUGGUCAACCUGCUCCGGUGUCACCCGCGCCGCCUGAAAAAAGACGUGGAGCUGGGCAUGGACAGCUCGAAGUCCAGACUGAACCUCUUCACCCAGUCUAGCAUGAGGAUGGCAGACUCUCACAGCUUCAACAGCAUCCUAAAUCAACCCACACGCUAUCAGCAAAUUAUGAAGCGUCUCAUCAAACGCUAUGUACUGAAAGCACAAGUGGACAAAGAAAAUGAUGAAGUGAACGAAGGCGAGCUGAAGGAGAUCAAGCAGGAUAUUUCCAGUCUGCGAUAUGAGCUGCUGGAGGAGAAAUCUCAGGCCACAGAAGAACUCUCACUCCUCAUACAGAAGCUCAGUGACAAACUCAACCCGUGACCUGUCCAUCCACACUGACACAAAUCAACGGUGAAGUCAUUCUUUAUGUGAAAUACUUUAUUCUAUUCCUCUUUAAUAUGCAGAGAUCCCGAGCUUUGU